CGUUUCCCCCUCCUGAGGUGCCGGAUGGUCUUCCAGAAACACUUUGGUGCCGACCGAAAGUCCUUCUCCAUGACCUCUCCGAACUUCUCCCACACCCGCUGCUUAGCCUCCGACACGGCAGCAGCUGCAGCCCUUCGGGCCUGUCGGUACCCUGCAACCGAGUCAGGAGUCCUCCAGGAUAUCAUAUCCCGGAAGGCCUCCUUCUUCAAUCGGACGGCUUCCCUGACCACCGGUGUCCACCACGGUGUCCGAGGGUUACCGCCCCUUGAGGAACCUAAGACCCUGAGGCCACAGCUAGCCGCCGCAGCUUCAGCAAUGGAGGCUUUGAACACCGCCCACUCCGGCUCAAUGUCCCCAACCUCCACAGGAAUGCCAGAAAAACUCCGCCGGAGUCUGUGGGAGGUGAUCACCAUUGCAACUGUAUCGGCCAUAGUCAGCCUCAUUACCAUUGUGGGGAAUGUACUGGUCAUGAUCUCCUUUAAAGUCAACAGCCAGCUAAAGACUGUGAACAAUUACUACCUGUUGAGUCUAGCAGCUGCAGACCUCAUCAUAGGUGUUUUCUCCAUGAACCUGUAUACCUCUUAUAUACUGAUGGGCUACUGGGCCUUAGGAAACAUCUCCUGUGAUCUGUGGUUGGCUCUGGACUAUGUAGCCAGCAAUGCAUCGGUCAUGAACUUGUUGGUGAUCAGUUUUGACAGAUAUUUCUCCAUCACCAGGCCUCUGACCUACAGGGCCAAACGGACGCCCAGGCGAGCUGGGAUAAUGAUCGGUUUAGCCUGGAUGGUGUCGCUCAUUCUGUGGGCUCCACCGAUACUAUGCUGGCAGUACUUUAUAGGGAAAAGGACCGUCCCUGAGAGGCAAUGCCAGAUCCAGUUUUUCUCUGAGCCUGUAAUAACCUUUGGGACAGCGAUUGCAGCCUUUUAUAUCCCCGUGUCCGUCAUGACAAUCCUCUACUGUCGAAUCUACAAGGAGACAGAAAAGAGGACCAAAGAUCUGGCUGAGCUUCAGGGGAUUAACUAUGCCACAGACUCUGGGGUCUCUCAGCCUCCAAAGACCAUUAUCAAAUCCUGCUUCAGUUAUAAACUAAAAUCGGCCUCGCACGACAGGAACCAAGCAUCUUGGUCUUCUUCCAGCAGGAGCAACGCUGCCAAAUCAGCAGCUACCACCAAUGACGAGUGGUCCAAAGCAGGUCAGCUAACCACCUUUAACAGCUACGCAUCCUCAGAGGAUGAGGACAGGCCUGUGUCUCCGGGAGGCUUCCAGGCCUCUUUCAGGAACCAGGCUUGUGAGACCAGCAAGAGUGUGGUGGGCUGCGAGAGCGAGCAGCUCAGCAGCUACGACGACGACAGCUACUUCCAGACACCACCGAAAAGCAACUCUCAGAAGAGCGGCAAGUGCGUGUCAUACAAGUUCAAACCUAUGGCCAAAGAAGCUCAAGCGGAGCAAGAGAUCAAGAACGGAGACACCAAGAUGGCAUCGUCAACGUUUUCCUCAGCCGAAUCCAUGAGCAUCCCAUCCACUUCCUCGACGUCCAAGCCCAUCGACGCCACGCUGAAGAACCAGAUCCACAAGAGGAAGAGGAUGGUGUUGAUCAAGGAGAGGAAGGCAGCGCAGACUCUCAGCGCCAUCUUGCUGGCAUUCAUUUUGACAUGGACGCCGUAUAACAUCAUGGUGCUGAUUUCCACCUUCUGCUCAGACUGUAUCCCCCUCUCCCUCUGGCAUCUUGGCUACUGGCUGUGCUACGUGAACAGCACCGUCAACCCCAUGUGCUACGCCCUGUGUAACAAGAAUUUUCAGAAGACCUUUCGCAUGCUCUUACUCUGCCAGUGGAGGAAGAAAAGGAUCGAGGAGAAACUUUACUGGUACGGACAGAACCCUGUGGUCAACUCCAAACUGACAUGA